AUUGAAGUUUUGUUGGAUAUGUGCGAAUGACUGAUGGGAUCUGACACAAAGCAAAACUACGGAAUGCGGCAUUUAAACAAAAAGUCUCAACUAGUUCAUAAGAAGCCACCUAACCUUGAAACACGGUCAGAUGUAUCGAGAGCGAGCACAAUGCAAUUAAAACUUGACUGUACGUAACAUAAAUGUAUAGAUUAGAAGAAUCAUUGCAGCCAAUGCUAUACUUGAGAGGUUAGAAAGAGGUCCGCAAACUACGACAGGCACAGGUCAGCCACAAAUGUUCCACAGAGCGCAGAAAGGAGUGGUUUGAUUUUUUUCAGUCACUGCAUUAUGAGCGUUUCACAGUAAUUAAUUGAUAAAUUAUACAUUAAAUACUUACUUUCUCAUUUGAUCAAGACAUCAACGAACUAGAACCUGAAUCUCGGAUGCACCACGAGGCACGAGUACAUUCGAAUUCGAAUGCGAAUAUGAACGGAUAUGAAAAAUUUCGCAUUCGGGUAAUGAUUGCUGAAUGACUCCUUGUUGACGUAUUUUACAGAUCAUUUACUCCCUUCGAAUGUGUAGUGAUCUGGUUGAUUUGUAUUGCAGACCCUUCUUCACACUGGUCUGAAGGGGAGUAGUUGAAUAACGAGUUGCGCCAGGUGAGCUGUCUCGAAUCAUCCGGAAGAUAUUUGAGGGAUUGACUGCACAACAAGCAUUGCCCUGUGAACCUAACCUCUGAGAAUGCCAAGAAAAGGUUUGAAAUACAAGAAGCGCAAGCGAGGAUACAGAAGAAGAUUGUGUGCUCCUAAAAAAGGAUGUCCUCGCUACUCUGGAACGAAGAAACUAUUUGCAAGCUGUCGUGCUGAUGUGGCAGGAGAUGAUGACUUCUGUGGAUUUGAUGUUGCGCCACUUCCACCGAAGCCUGCUGAUGAGGGAAUAUGUAUGCUUUCUCUCUUUGAUGGUAUUGGAACAUCAAUAUUAGCUUUAGACUCGAUUGGCAUACCUGUUAGGAAGUACUAUUCGAGUGAGGUUGAUGAAAAGGCCAAUAUGGUUUUGAAGUUUAAUCACAGCAGCAGAAUAACCAUGAUUGGUUGUGUUACUACAAUUAGUAAUGACACUCUGGAAUCUCUAGAUAACAUAAAUUUGUUAUUGGGUGGCAGUCCUUGCCAACAAAUUAGCAGGGCUAAUCCGUUGAGGAAAGGUUUGCAAGCUCCUGGGUCAUCAGCAAGCCUUUUCUAUGAAUAUGUGCGUAUCAGAGACCACUUGGCCAAGUUAGCUAAAGAUAGGAACGAAAAUUUUUUUUGGCUAUUUGAGAACACAUUUUGUAUGGAUAACGUAACAUUGGUUGAGAUGACAAGGUGCCUGGGGACCCAGCCAGCAAUGCGAUGCGCGUCAGGAUAUGGGAGUGCAAUGAAGAGGAAACGGUAUUGGUGGGGUAAUAUCCCACACUUACACGACUUGCCCAAGAGCCAAGUGGAAUAUCCCAAUUUACAGGAUUUCUUGAUGCCUUACCGCUCUGCAGGAGUGCCUCUUCUGCCCACAUUGACAUCAACUUUUCACUCUCAGCUCUGUGGCAAAGAGAAAUCAUUGCCUGUCAUAGAGAGCAACCAGAGAGCACCUCUGUUGUUGACAGAGAUAGAAGAGCUAUUUGGUGUGGGCCGCCACUAUACUGACGUAGGCAUUUCACAAUCAGAUCGAAGGCGACUUUUAGGAAAUGCUUGGGCUGUCCCUGUCGUAGUUGACAUUCUGAAGCACCUCAAGGCCGAGUUCUGCAAAGCUACAAGUGUGGAUUGAAUUUGUAAAUUGUGUUUUGUACUCUCUGUAUCAGUUCCAUACUGCACUUAAAACAUUUAAACAUGAAAUUAUAAAGUGUUAUUGUACUCAAUUGUAUUUAGAAUCUUUCCUUUAAACAUUGUCAAGAUACAUUAGACUACAUAAAGUUAAA